AGUUGAAUGUCGCAGUUUUCUUACGUUUCAGCAGCAGUCUGCGAUGCAAACAAACUCCUUUCUGCGUUUCGAGACUGUUUAAUACACUUGGAUCAAUUUCACCUUUAUAGGUGCAAAUCUUAUUGACGCGAAAUGGGACGAGAAUCGAGUUUGAAUUUCAACAGACACUACAGAAAGCGUUCAACGUCCCGGGGAAGGUCGGGCAGCCGAUCAAAGAGUCGCUCCCCGGACAACAAGCGCUCCAAGAAGGACGACCGAGACCGAAACAGGAGAGAUCGGUCCAGGAGCAGAGACCGCAGAAGAUCCCGGUCCAGAGACAGGAAAAGAGCCAGACGUUCCAGGAGCAGAGACAGAGACAGAGAAAGGGAAAGGGAGAGGGAAAGGAGGAGGUCCAGAAGCCGGGAGAGGAAGAGAUCACGCAGCCGGAGCCGAACUCGCAGGUCCCGAUCAGGCAGCCCGUCAAAGAGCAAGAAGGCAGAGGAAAAAGCCAAGAGCAAAGAGAAAGAGAGCGUUGAGCCUGUGUCUGAGAAGAAAAAGGUGAAAGAAGAGAAGGAAGAUGAGAAGGUUGAGGACCAAGACUUUGACCAGAACAAACUGGAGGAGGAAAUGAGGAAGAGGAAGGAGCGGGUGGAGAAAUGGAGAGAGGAGCAGAGGAAGAAGGCUAUAGAAAAUAUUGGAGAAAUAAAGAAAGAGCUGGAAGAAAUGAAGCAGGGCAAGAAAUGGAGCCUUGAGGAUGAUGAUGAUGAUGAUGACGAUAGUCCUGCUUUGAUGGAGGUGGAUGAUGAGGAGGACGACGGGGAUGCAAAGGUGGAGGGAAAAGAAAAGGACGCGGAUGAAGUUAAAAAAGAAGAUGGAGAUGAAGAGAAGGAGACUCCUGUGGAGCAGCAGCCUGAAGAGGAUGAAGUGGAUCCUCUGGAUGCGUACAUGGAGGAGGUCAAGCAGGAGGUGAAGAAGUUCAACAUAGGUCCCAUGAAAGGAAACGAUAAGAAAGGAUCAACUACAGUAACCAAAGUGGUGACGGUAGUCAAGACCAAAAAACAACCCCUCAUGCACAAGAAGAAGGGGGAGCUGAUGGAGAACGACCAAGAUGCCAUGGAGUACUCGUCAGAGGAAGAGGAGGUGGACCUGCAGACAGCUCUGACAGGCUUUCAGACCAAACAGAGAAAGGUUCUUGAGCCUGUUGACCACACUAAGAUCCAGUAUGAGUCGUAUCGCAAGAACUUCUACGUGGAGGUUCCUGAGCUGGCCAAGAUGACCCCAGAGGAUGUGAACGCAUACAGGCUGGAACUGGAGGGUAUAAUAGUGAAAGGCAAAGGUUGUCCCAAACCCAUCAAGACAUGGGUGCAGUGUGGGGUGUCAAUGAAGAUCCUCAACUCCCUAAAGAAGCAAGGCUACGAGAAGCCCACACCUAUCCAAGCCCAGGCCAUCCCUGCCAUCAUGUGCGGCAGAGACCUCAUCGGCAUCGCCAAGACCGGCAGCGGCAAAACAAUCGCUUUCUUGCUUCCUAUGUUUCGACACAUUAUGGACCAGAGGCCUCUGGAGGACGGAGAGGGACCCAUCUCUGUUAUCAUGACUCCGACCAGAGAGCUGGCUCUGCAGAUCACCAAAGAGUGCAAGAAGUUCUCCAAACCACUAGGGCUCCGGGUGGUGUGUGUUUAUGGUGGGACAGGAAUUAGUGAACAGAUCGCAGAGCUGAAACGAGGGGCGGAGAUCAUCGUGUGCACACCAGGAAGAAUGAUUGACAUGCUGGGAGCCAACAGCGGGCGAGUAACCAACCUGCGGAGGGUCACGUAUGUGGUGCUGGAUGAAGCAGACCGCAUGUUUGACAUGGGCUUUGAGCCACAGGUGAUGCGUAUCGUAGACAAUGUGCGUCCAGACCGACAGACGGUCAUGUUCUCCGCCACCUUCCCCAGAGCCAUGGAGGCGCUGGCUCGCAGGAUCCUGGCCAAGCCCAUCGAGGUGCAGGUUGGAGGUCGCAGUGUUGUCUGCUCUGAUGUGCAGCAACACGUGCUGGUGAUUGAUGAGGAUCAAAAGUUCCUGAAGCUGCUGGAGAUUUUGGGUCACUAUCAGGAGAAGGGAUCUGUCAUCAUCUUUGUAGACAAACAGGAACACGCAGACGGACUGCUUAAAGAUCUGAUGAAAGCUUCAUACCCCUGUUUGUCUUUACAUGGAGGCAUCGACCAGUACGACCGAGACAGCAUCAUCAAUGAUUUUAAGACUGGUGUGUGUCGUCUGAUGGUGGCCACCUCUGUGGCAGCCAGAGGCCUGGACGUCAAGCAGCUCAUCCUGGUGGUCAACUAUAACUGCCCCAACCACUAUGAGGAUUACGUCCACCGGGCAGGACGCACAGGCAGAGCAGGAAACAAGGGUUACGCCUACACCUUCAUCACAGAGGACCAGGUCCGCUACGCUGGUGACAUCAUCAAGGCCUUGGAGCUGUCAGGCUCCCCUGUUCCACCGGAACUGGAGCAGCUUUGGGGCUCCUUUAAAGAUCAGCAAAAAGCGGAGGGUAAGGUGAUUAAGAGCAGCAGCGGCUUCUCAGGGAAAGGAUUUAAGUUUGAUGAGACAGAACACGCCCUGGCCAAUGAGAGGAAGAAGCUACAGAAAGCUGCACUUGGAUUGCAGGACUCCGAUGACGAAGAUGGAGCCUUGGAUAUUGAGGAGCAAAUAGAAAGCAUGUUCAACUCCAAGAAGAGGGUGAAGGACCUGUCUGCUCCUGGCGCAGCUGGCGGUGCAGGAGGAGCAGUUAGCGCCGGAGGAGCAGCACCUGGGGGGGUGGGAGGCAUCGCUCCAACGUCUGCUGGAAACAACCAGAAACUGGAGAUGGCUAAAAGGCUCGCUCUCAAGAUCAAUGCUCAGAAGAACCUGGGCGCCGAGGCUCAGGACGUGAUGCAGCAGGCCACCAACGCCAUCCUCCGCGGCGACCCCAUCAUGACGCCGUCCGUGUCGGCCAAAACCAUCGCGGAGCAGCUGGCGGAGAAGAUCAACGCCAAACUGAACUACACACCCGUGGAAAAGCUGGAGGAGGAGCGGCAGGCGGCUGAACAGGCGGAGACUGUGAAGAGAUAUGAAGAGGAGCUGGAAAUUAACGACUUCCCUCAGACGGCCAGGUGGAAAGUGACGUCCAAAGAGGCUUUGCAGAGGAUCGGGGAAUACUCCGAAGCUGCCAUCACCAUCAGAGGGACAUAUUUCCCUCCAGGCAAAGAGCCUAAGGAGGGAGAACGCAAAAUCUAUCUGGCCAUUGAGAGUGCAAGUGAACUGGCUGUGCAGAAAGCCAAAACAGAGAUUACCCGGCUAAUAAAAGAAGAGCUCAUCAGAUUACAAAAUUCCUACCAGCCAACAAGCAAAGGUCGCUACAAGGUCUUGUAGAGGAGGAACCGGGGCUAAUUGGAGGAAUUUUCACAAAUCAUCGUACAGUUUCAUCAAAGUGGAUAUUGAAUAUUUUAAUUUGUGUUUUAAUGUUUCAUUGAUAAUUUAGUUUGCAUUUUCCUCUCAUGUGCGUCACUUGUUUCAAAUUUAACAUUAAAGCAGCACAAUUCUCUUAA